AUGCCUGUCUCCGUCGUGCCGGCUGGCGAGGUCGGCGGCGGAGAGUGGCCGCUCGCCUGGCGUGCUGGUUCGGGCAAGGCCGCGGAGCAGGAACCGGCAGUCGCGAGUGCCACCACGACGGACACCGAGCAGCACGAGGCCCUGGACUCUGUCGCUUUGAGGGGCCACCAUCUCGAGCUCGUCCUCGCGAGGGCCGUGCCGACUGUGCGGGAGAUCGACCACCUGUGGGAGUGCCUCGGCGAGCUGGCGCGCUCCCUCGCGUCGCUCGGGCGAGUCUGGCGCCUAUCUCCCUUCGGAAGCGUGAGGAAUAUGCUCCUCACCCGCGGCUCUGACAUCGACGUCACCAUCUACCGGUCGGACGCCCAAGACGAGGGCGAUUCCGCCGCGGCGGUGCGGGUCCUUCAGGGGAGUGUGCUCUCGCUGCUGUCACAGAGCCCGAGGUUCGAGGUCGUCAGGCUCGUCUCUGGGGCCAGGAUCCCCGUACUGAGCCUGCGCUUCGACGGCGCCGUGGAUGUGGACCUCUCGUGCCACAACACGGAGCCGCUGCGGAACUCGCAGCUGCUCCGCGCCUACGCACAGGCGAGCCCGAUGGCGCGGGCUCUGGCGCUACUGGUGAAACUCUGGUCCAAGGCCGCCGGCGUAUGCGGGGCGCAGUGUGGGCACCUGACUUCCUAUGCCCUGGCACUGAUGGCGCUCUACUUCCUGCAGGUCCACUCAGACUUCGGGCUGUUUGUGCUCUCCACGCAGCUGUUCGAUGGCUUCGGGUCCCCGCCCGACGCACCGCGCUGGGAGUGCCGGCCCUCGCUGCCCGAGGCGCUGCGGCAAUUCUUCGCGUUCUACUCUCAGGAGUUUGCAUGGGGCAGCGAGGUCGUCUCGGUGCGGCUCGGCCGGCGGUGUGCGGCCAGCGACCCAGAGUUCGCCCGGCUGCCGAACGCCAGGUCCCGGGCGUUGGCCAUCGCCUGCAUGUGGAGGACCCUUUCCUCACGGGCAGGAACCUCAACUGCGUGCUCGGCCUCGAGCAGGAGGCCCAGCUGCUGGCGGCGCUGCACGCCGCUGAGGCCGCGCUGCGAGGCGGCAGCAUGCCUCUCGGCCUGGGCGGCGAGGAGGGCCGCGCGGCCGCUGGGCUGGCUGCCGCGGGGGGCCGACGGGGCGGCCUCCUGGGCUGGGCCCAGUAGGCCCAAGGAGGCGUACGAUGACCAUCAGGGGGCGCGGGCUGGGCCAGUGCCCUGCGGCCAGGCCUCGGCGCCCGUCGGCCGUGGCCAGGCGGGUCUCGCCUCGUGA